UGAGUUUACUGAGAAAGAGAGGGAAUCACUAUUCAAGGGUGCUGUAUGUACAAUCUGGGUCAGCUGCAGCCGGUUACUGCACUUCUCCAUGUGGCAGACAGAGCAAAGCCACAAUGCUUUCUCUGCCGGAUUAAAGACAGCCCACAGACCAGAACUUCCACUAUACUACUUAAAAUUACAUAGGUGGCUUGUCAAGUUCAAUUGAUUAGUGUUGUAAGAAGAAAAAGAAGUUCCUUAUUACAGCUUGAAUUUGACGGUCCAAAGCAAAAAUGCAAUUGCCAUUAAAGUCACAGAGGAACAAACUUCUACACUGAUUUUUAAAAGCAAGAAAAACAGCAGCAAGUUUCUGGGUCUGCUUUAUCAACAGAUGCAUAAAGCUGGCAGUGUAGCAACUAUGAAGAGAAGUAAUACCAAGAAAAUUAACUCAAAGCAUGGACUUUUUUCCCCCUUUUUUCCUAAAAACAACCAAGCAAAGGCAUCGAUUUAAACCUAAACUUCAUACAACCUCAUUUCAAAAUGAAGGCUUUUUUCUGGACCCUAAGUGUGCUAUUCUUCCUACUAAUGGGCACUGGACACUGCAGAGGAGGAGAGUUCAAAAUAAAAAAAACAUCCCAGAGGAGAUACCCUCGUGCCACAGAUGGUAAAGAGGAAGUAAAGAAAUGUGCAUACACAUUCCUGGUACCUGAACAAAAAAUUACAGGGCCAAUUUGUGUUAAUACCAAAGGGCAAGAUGCAAGUACCAUUAAAGACAUGAUCACCAGGAUGGACCUUGAAAACCUGAAGGACGUGCUCUCUAGGCAGAAGCGGGAGAUAGACGUCCUGCAGUUGGUGGUGGAUGUAGAUGGAAACAUUGUCAAUGAGGUAAAGCUGCUGAGAAAAGAAAGCCGUAACAUGAACUCACGUGUUACUCAACUCUAUAUGCAACUACUACAUGAGAUUAUCCGUAAGAGGGAUAACUCACUUGAACUUUCCCAGUUGGAAAAUAAAAUCCUCAAUGUCACUACAGAAAUGCUGAAGAUGGCAACAAGGUACAGGGAACUAGAGGUAAAAUAUGCUUCCUUGACUGAUCUCGUCAAUAACCAGUCUGUGAUGAUCACUGCGUUGGAAGAACAGUGCUUGAACAUAUUUUCCCGACAAGACCCCCAUGUGUCUCCUCCUCUUGUCCAGGUAGUGCCACAGCAUAUCCCUAACAGUCAUCAAUACACUCCUGGACUGCUGGGAGGUAACGAGAUACAGAGGGAUCCAGGUUAUCCCAGAGACUUAAUGUCACCACCUGAUCUGGGAACUUCUCCCACCAAAAGUCCCUUCAAGAUACCACCAGUAACUUUCAUCAAUGAAGGACCAUUCAAAGACUGUCAGCAUGCAAAAGAAGCUGGACAUUCAGUCAGUGGGAUUUAUAUGAUUAAACCUGAAAACAGCAAUGGACCAAUACAGUUAUGGUGUGAGAACAGUCUGGAUCCUGGGGGUUGGACUGUUAUUCAGAAAAGAACAGACGGCUCUGUCAACUUCUUCAGAAAUUGGGAAAAUUAUAAGAAAGGGUUUGGAAACAUUGAUGGAGAAUAUUGGCUUGGACUGGAAAAUAUCUAUAUGCUUAGCAAUCAAGAUAAUUAUAAGUUGUUGAUUGAAUUAGAAGACUGGAGUGACAAAAAAGUCUACGCAGAAUAUAGCAGCUUUCGCCUGGAACCUGAAAGUGAAUUCUUUAGACUGCGUCUGGGAACUUACCAGGGAAAUGCAGGGGAUUCCAUGAUGUGGCAUAAUGGUAAACAGUUCACCACACUGGACAGAGAUAAAGAUAUGUAUGCAGGAAACUGUGCCCAUUUUCAUAAAGGAGGAUGGUGGUACAAUGCCUGUGCACAUUCUAACCUAAAUGGAGUAUGGUACAGAGGAGGUCAUUACAGAAGCAAGUACCAAGAUGGAAUUUUCUGGGCUGAAUAUCGAGGCGGGUCAUACUCCUUGAGAGCAGUUCAGAUGAUGAUCAAGCCUAUUGACUGAAGAGAGACAGUCUCCAACUUAAACAACACAGAACUCUGUAUUUUUCAGUUCCUAAAAAUGUAAAUGUUACAUGUAUAUUGUUUUGCACAAUUCACUGCUACAGAUAUAGUUUUAAAAAUGAAUGUUAUCCUAACUAUAAAGGGGGACUUA